AUGAACACCAGCUUGUACCGGAGUCUCCUACCUCGCCCUUUCGACUUGCAGGCCGGCAACUUGGCGCAGCUCGCAGGAAUCGACUACUUUCAUCACGUACGCGCAUUCCAAAAGGAGACUGUAACCGUCCUUUCCAUCCUUGGCGCCGUAAUAUCUCUUCAAUGGGCCCUCGGUGCAUCCUCCUUCUUCCACACAUACUGUCUUCAUCGCAGUAAAAUCCAUCGCUAUAACCAUGUUUCCUCCGAAGGUUCGGUCGCAUGGGCUCUAGUAACGGGAGCAGCUGGUGGAAUCGGAUACGAUAUUGUGCGCGAGCUCGCAGAAAAAGGGUUCAACGUUGUGCUCCACGGCCGGGUCGAACAAGAUCUACUAGCUGCUAUGGCGAGGGUACACGAUGAGUUCCCUGACCGGAACUUUAGGAUGCUCCUCGCCGAUCCAACUGCGCUUGGUACCAGAGGCUUCUUCUACAGACAGAGCUACGGUAAUUGGAGAAUGGAACGUAAAUUGGACCUUGAGGUUAUAAAGAACGAGCUGUCCAAGCUUAACUUGACAGUCUUGAUUAACUGCGCGAAUGCAGAAGCCGGACACGCAGUAGACCUUGCAGGGAUCCUCGAUGAAAAUGAAAAGUCUAUUUGGAAACACGUCAACUCUGACGCUCUCUCCAAUACAGCUCUUUCGCGCUCUUCUUCCAACGCUCAUUGGUAA